AUGUCCUCGGUGCUGAGCGCCGCGUCGGGCUGCGACGGCUUCGUAUGCUGCGUCGGCUGCCUGUCGCUGGUGCCCGGGCUCGUGCGGCGCGUGGUGAACCAGGUGGCGUUCUUUCCGCCGCGUCCGCCCGGCUACCACGUGACUGAGGAGAAGCAGGUGUUCCUCGUGGAGGCGGACUACGGGCUGUCGCCGCUCCCCGACCUGACCAGCGAGGGGAUCGCCGUCGACACGGUCCGCAUGUGGACGCGCCGGGGCAGCGUCAUCCUCGGUUUCCACUUCAGGCGCUCGGAUUCGGACAGGACGCUGCUGUUCAGUCACGGCAACAGCACCGACAUCGGCAUCAUGUUCCACCACCUCAAGGACAUGUGCGUCAAGCUGCGGUGCGAUGUCUUCGCGUACGAGUACAGCGGAUACGGAGAGAGCUCUGGCUCGCCGAGCGAAGCUGACCUGUAUUCUGACAUAGAGGCGGCCUACCACUACCUGACCCACGACUGCGGCACUCCCGAGGAGCAGAUCGUCUGCUACGGUCAGUCUAUCGGGAGCGUGCCCUCCAUAGAUUUGGCCUCCAGGACGGGGGUCGGCGGAGUUGUGCUGCACAGUGCUCUCAAGAGCGGGCUCGGGGUGAUACACGACAUGAAGCAGACGUAUUGGUUCGACGUGUUCCAGAACGCACAGCGAAUCAAGCGCGUCCGCUCUCCCGUGUUCGUGAUCCAUGGGACGCACGACACGGAGGUUCCUUUUGAGCACGGCAUGACGCUCUACGAGGCGUGCCCCAAGGAGCUCGCUUACGACCCCUGGUGGGUCAAAGAGGCUGGCCACAACGACAUCGAGAUCAACCACCGGGCAAUGUACUUCGAGCAGCUCGCUCGCUUCUUGAGGUCGCUCGACGACCAGGACAGGAGGUGGAGGCGCACGGACGCCAGCGACGACGCCGACCACGACCAGGGCUCCGACGGCGGCUCGCAGCCCCUCCUGAGCGGCGGAGCCAGAGGCGGCCCGGCCGGCAGACGCCACUGA